CAAGUCAGAAGUUCAGAGCCCUUGCCGCUACGAAGAGCUGACGAAUUGAUUCCAUCGUUGCCGUUGUUGGAACUUGGGAGCUGCCUUCAGCAUUCAUUCUUCUUCUUGUUCUUCAGUGCUUCGAAAUCCCUUACUCUGUUUGGUUUCUGAGGAAAAAAGAUAUACAGAAAAGGAUGGCAGAAGACACAGAAGUGGGCAAGUCAUUUAAAGAUCUGGGAGUAUGUGAGCAAUUGGUGGAAGCUUGUGAUAGUUUGGGCUGGAAAAACCCAUCCAAGAUACAGGCUGAAUCUAUUCCUCAUGCAUUGGAAGGAAAGGACCUGAUAGGACUUGCACAGACUGGUUCCGGUAAAACUGGAGCUUUUGCACUCCCUAUACUUCAAGCCCUUUUAGAAACCCCACGGGCGUUCUUUGCAUGUGUGCUCUCUCCAACACGAGAACUUGCUAUUCAGAUCGCUGAGCAAUUUGAAGCUUUAGGAUCUGGCAUUGGUGUAAAGUGUGCAGUGCUUGUUGGAGGGAUAGACAUUGUGCAACAGGGCAUUGCCUUAGGAAAACGACCACACAUUGUUGUGGCAACUCCUGGACGCCUUGUGGAUCAUCUGUCCAAUACUAAGGGUUUCUCUCUUCGCAUGCUAAAAUACUUGGUACUAGAUGAGGCGGACAGGUUACUAAAUGAAGAUUUUGAGAAAGCGAUUGAUGAAAUUUUGAAUGUCAUUCCUCGUGAGAGAAGGACAUAUUUAUUUUCUGCUACUAUGACAAAAAAGGUGAAAAAGCUCCAAAGGGCCUGUUUGAGGAAUCCUGUGAAGAUCGAGUCUGCAUCUAAAUAUUCAACUGUUGAUACACUGAAGCAGCAGUAUUGCUUUAUCCCUGCAAAGCACAAGGAUUGCUAUCUUGUAUACAUACUGACCGAGAUGUCUGGAAGUACGUCAAUGGUUUUCACUCGGACAUGCGAUUCAACUCGUCUUUUAGCUCUAAUCCUUCGAAACCUUGGUUUAAGGGCCAUUCCAAUUAGUGGUCAAAUGACCCAGGCCAAAAGACUUGGAGCCUUAAACAAGUUCAAGGCAGGAGAGUGUAAUAUUCUUAUCUGCACCGAUGUUGCCAGUAGAGGACUUGAUAUUCCAUCUGUGGAUAUGGUCAUCAAUUAUGAUAUUCCAUCGAAUUCAAAGGAUUAUAUACAUCGAGUUGGAAGAACUGCUCGGGCAGGACGGUCUGGUGUUGCAAUCUCUUUGGUGAAUCAGUAUGAGUUGGAAUGGUAUGCACAGAUAGAGAAGCUUAUUGGUAAAAAAUUACCUGAUUUUCCAGCUCAAAAAGAAGAAGUUCUGCUACUAUUGGAACGGGUAAUGGAGGCCAAAAGAAUAUCCCUGAUGAAAAUUAAAGAAGCUGGGGGCAAGUAUAAAAGAAAAGGGCGAGGCGACGACGGCGACGAAGAAAUUGACAGAUAUGUGGCAAGGAAUGGGAAGUUCUCUAAGACAAAUAAAAGAUGAUGCAAGAGAAUCCUUUACACACAAUGUUGUUUAAUUUUUUUAAUCGUGCGGUGCUGCAUUCAUUUUUAGAUAUGUUUUUAUGCAGGAAAAGUACUUUCAUAACAUCAUAUGGCGAUUUUGGUUAUGGUAAACAUUUUAUGUAUUCCUGAGUUGAAAAAAAAAAAUAAAUAAAAUAAAAAAAACCACUUGACACUAUUUA